AUGACCAAAGUCCAGUUCCGCGUUCUUCUUCUCGUUGCCUCAUGUACCCUGCUCGCUCUGCUGUGUCUUUCAUCUCGGCUUAUAAGUCUUUCCAAAACUUCCUGGCCUCUUUUCCGUGGCACUUGGUGGCACAUCUUACCGGGUAGCCGAAGCGAGUUGGCACUCAAUGACUUGAGCUGCUCUGCGUAUCACCGCCGGGACCAGAACUGCAGUCAACUCAUGGACUUCUGUGAUUUCUUCUGCUUGUUAUCAAAAUUUGGUUUAAUUUUGGCCUAUUUCUACAUUUGUGACCGUACUCAGCUGUUCCACUCGAUCAAUAAAGGGUUUUCGUCUUCAGCCUUCUGGUCUGCAUUACUGUUGCUACUCUUCUUGGGCCUGCUGCUAUCAUCCAGGACAAAGCAACUUGGAAUAAAUCACGUGGACAUUACACGCGAAUGGAAGGGUUGGAUGCAGCUCUACAUUCUAGUAUAUCAUUAUAUAGACGGUUAUUCGGUUCAAGUUCCUUACUUCCUCGCGAGGUGGUGCGUGUCCGCUUAUUUGUUUCUCUCUGGAUUUGGCCACUUUUGUUACUUUUGGCGGCGCUCAACGGCUUUUUCCGAAUCGGACUGCUCUGGCUACCACAAUGAUUGGCCAACUGUCCAUGGUUCAUCGUUCUGGAUCUUUAUGAAACGCUACAUACACGUCAUGUUCCGCAUGAACUUCCUGGUAGUGGCACUUUGCUUAAUGAUGAGCCGAAACUACAUGAUGUAUUACUUUGUUCCUCUGGUCUCUUUCUGGUUCACCGUCGUUGCGCUUGUCAUGGCAAUCUACACCAAAUUAUCCGUAUUAUUUCCGAGUUGGGAAGCAGCAGAGUCUCGACCAUGCCUUAGCGCCAAGUCACCAACGAUAGGGUGCGCCACGAAGCGGAGUGUCAACGCCGCGCGGACGAAAUAUUGCGCAAUGCUUGUGCUCUUCGCAAUUCUCUGGUGCUGUAUUGAACUACUGCACAGGGUACGCCAAGUUUUUCAUGUCUUUUUUCAUACAGGCCUUUUUGGAUAUCUACUGACGCUUGACGAUCGUGAACUGGACAAGGUGGAUGCAUCCAUUUCGGCCGACAAUCGCUCGGAGGGCAUGUGGUACUUCCGUUGGUCCUUGGAUAGAUAUUCAACUUUAUUUGGCAUGUGUUUUGGUUUCCUAUACGAACUAACACAUCAGGCCUUUGGAGCACGAAGCAACCAGGAUGUCCCCAAGAAAACGUGUCAUAGCGUCCGCGUUACCACGAUACCUGAUAACCAAGCCCCUACAUCAGCCUCUGUGGAUGCUAAACACUGGUUCAGCCGCAUUCCGGUCAUUUUGGAAGCCAUCACUACCUCAGUGGGUAUUGCCAGCCUCACAAUUCUUCUCUUCUACAUUACAAAGGUUGAUCGGACCAUCGCUGUUCAAAAUCAUCCCUAUAUGUGUAUCUUCCCCAUUCUAGCUUAUAUAUUAGCACGGAAUGGCUUCCGAUACCUUCGUUCGUGGCACAGCAAGUUCUUUGCUUGGUUCGGUGAUAUCUCACUCGAAUUAUUUGUUGGACAGUACCACAUUUGGCUUGCACAAGAUGCUCAUGGGUUGUUGGUCUUCGUCCCCGGUCUGAAGUCGCUGAACCUUUUGCUAACCACCACUACUUUCGUGGUUGUGUGUCAUGAACUUCACGCUUUAACUGGAAAAUUACAAACCUACAUUAUACCCAAAACACCUGACGGUCUAGUUUCCCGUGGUGUCGUAUUGUGCCUCCUGGUUGUGUACUUUUGCUUCCCUUGA